AUGUUGCCCGUGGAGAUAUUCCCGCUUUUGUUUAACUACUUAUCAUUAUGUGUGGCCGCUGUAGAACCUCGAAGAGAGUCCAGUAAGAGACAAUUACCUGCCGAUCCUACUGGCGUUACAACCAUCACUUCACCUAAUGGGUUCCAAAUCCGCUAUAGCGAGCCUGGAAAAUCUGGCGUCUGUGAGACAACGCCAGAUGUCAAUUCAUACUCAGGCUACAUCGACAUAGAUGAGAAAACACACAUGUUCUUUUGGUUCUUCGAGGCACGGCAUAAUGCAAAUGAGGCUCCAAUCACACUGUGGCUCGAGGGUGGUCCUGGGGCAGACUCAUUGUUUGGGCUAUUUGACCUGGUUGGUCCAUGCCAUGUGACGGAGGACCUGAAAUCGGAGUUGAACCCCAACAGUUUCACGGAAGUGAGCAAUGUUCUCUUCCUGUCACAGCCCAUUGGGGUUGGCUUUUCCUAUGCAGAUGAGGUCGCCGGGAUAAUCAACGGGACAAGUGGAUACCCCCAGAACUCUUCAACACCAGAUGGUCGCUAUGCGAAUGUUAGUCCGUUCCAAACGACCACAACUUCAGCUGCUGCCGUCACUGCAUGGGAAGUGCUGCAGGCUUUUUUCCAGGAGCUCCCCUCGUUCGAUCCAGAUGUCAAGUCUCGAGACUUCAACCUAUGGACAUUGAGCUAUGGGGGUCACUGGGGUCCGGCUUUCUUUGCACACUUCUACGAGCAGAAUGAAUUAAUCAAGAACGGCAAAGCGCAAGGGGUCGCGCUGCACAUGCAAUCUCUUGGUAUCAUCAAUGGCAUCAUUGACAUCCAAGUUCAAAUGCCAUACUACCCGGAAUACGCAAUUAAGAACGAGUACGGUAUACAGCUAGUCAACGAGACGGUAUACGCGUUUAUGAAAAUGGCAUUUUCUAUUACCGGAGGAUGUUCCGAUUCUUUAGACUACUGUUAUGCAUCGGACACCAGCACCCUCAUUGGGCAGUACCUCUGCGCUUCUGCCAAUGCAAUCUGCCGAACAAUGGUAGAAGGCCCAGCUGAAUCGAUCAGCAAUCGUAGCCCGUACGAUAUACGUGCACUAGCUACAGAGGAGCUCGAACCGUCGUUUUGGAUCGACUAUGUGAAUACCGCAUUUGUGCAGAAUGCCCUCGGUGUCAAUCUUAAUUAUACGUCUGCCUCGAGUGAACAGGUUUCCGAGGGUUUCGUCUUAUCAGGUGACUGGGCUUAUAGUAAGCUAUCGGACCUCGAGGAGCUCUUGGACCGCGGUGUCAAAGUUGCGUUGAUAAACGGUGAUGCCGACUAUUUAGCUAACUGGAUGGGUGGGGAGGCCAUCUCCCUGGCUGCAAACUACACCCAUUCCGCCGGCUUCCGGGCGGCUAACUAUGAACCGCUUGUAGUUGAUGGUACGAAGUAUGGCGAAACGCGCGAGUUUGGGCAGUUUAGCUUUACGAAGGUACAUGAGGCUGGACACGAUGUGCCCUUUUACCAGCCCGUUGCCACCUUGGAACUUUUCAAGAGAGUUUUGGGUAACCUAGUCAUUUCAGAUGGAUCCAGCAAGGUUGAUUAUUGA